AUGUCUGGUCUAAAGAGAAGAGUUUCUGAGGUUAAUGAUUUGAAGACAGAUGGACCUAAUAUCAAUAAGAAGGCACUUUUAGAGCACAUAGAGAAUGAUGAAUCUGAGGACAGACUCGCGUUGGAGAGUGAGGAUAAUAAUAAUAGUAAUGAUGAUAGUGAAGAUGAUGCAGAAGAAGAAGAGAAUAAAUCAACAACAACUACGACGGGUUCCAAAGGACAAAGUAGUGGCACUGCAGCUCAAGACAUUCAUAUAAUUAGAGAAACAGCAGAGUUGUUCAAAUCCAAUAUUUUCAAAUUGCAGAUUGAUGAGUUGUUACAACAGGUUAAAUUAAAGGAUUCACACAUUUUAAAAGUGGAAAAAUUUCUACAUAUGCUACACGAUUUGAUUCACGAAGUACCAGAAUGGGAACCGAAGACUAUAGCGGAAGCUGAAUCAUUUUUCAAAGGCAAAGUUGUUAGAAUACCAUUUGUGGAUCCUAAACCUGAUCCUUCAUCUACAAAUUACAAAGUUGAUUACAAAACUCCAAUGAUAUCUCUAGUGGGGUCGUUUGCUUUAAAAGCAGGGAUAUAUCAACCACACGGUUCAGCCAUAGAUGUACUUUUAACCAUGCCAGAAGAACUUUUCGAGAAGAAAGAUUUUUUGAAUUUUAGAUGUUUGCACAAGAGGAGCGUUUAUCUUGCCUAUUUCACCCACCAUUUAAACAUACUUUUCAAAAGGAAUAAGAUGGAUGAAUUUUUACAAUUGGAAUACUCCUAUUUCAACAACGAUACACUUUUACCAAUUUUGAAAAUUUCAUGUAAGCCACAGGAUUCUCAUAUUUCAGAUUACAAUUUUUACAAGACUAAAUUCUCCAUUAAUUUGAUCAUUGGAUUUCCUUAUCAAAUCUUUGAUUCUAAAAAAUUACUACCGAACAGAAAUUGUAUUAGGGUAGCUUCUAAUGAACCAAACCAGUCAUUACCAGCCACUCCUCUUUACAAUUUUUCAAUUUUAUCCUCUACUACUUAUGAAACCUAUUUGAAAUAUUUGCACAGGGCUAAAAAACAAACCGAGUCCUUUGUUCAGGCAACUACACUAGGUAGACUUUGGUUACAACAACGUGGAUUUUCAUCAAAGAUAGCUCAUUCUGGAACGCUUGGUGGAUUCGGUACUUUUGAAUUCGCAAUAUUGAUGGCGGCUCUGCUAAAUGGUGGUGGUAACAAUGGUAAUAAAAUUCUCCUUCACGGUUUUUCAUCCUAUCAACUGUUCAAAGGUGUUAUAAAGUAUCUUGCCACAAUGGACUUAUGCAAUGAUGGUCAUCUACAGUUCCAUUCAGAUAAUCAAUCUUCAUCCAAAUAUGUGGAAGAAGGGUUCCAAAUACCUACUCUUUUCGAUAAAACAACAAAGGUCAAUAUUUUGAGUAAAAUGUCGGUUUCUUCUUAUGAAAUUUUGAAGAAAUCUGCUCAACAAACUUUGACAAUGCUUAAUGACGUGGUUAGAGAUCAAUUUGCCAAUGUAUUUUUAACCAAUAUUAGCAGAAUGGACAAUUUUAGGUACGACAUUUGUUACGAUGUAGUUUUACCUAAUGGCGGUAAGACUAAACCUGAAGAACUGACAAAUUCCACCUUUGGACCAACAGAAAGGAUAAAAUUUAUCACUCUGGAAAAUUUUCUCGUCAAUAAAAUUGCAAACGUUUUGAAAUUUGCCCUAGGGGAUAGAAUUCAUUUUGUCGAUGUUGAACUGGUUGGUAAAAGGGACACUUUCCCAAUUUCCAAGAGAAAAGCUAACUCUGGGACUGGUAACUUAUUAAACUUUGACCUUAUCAGAGUAAAGUUACUGGUUAACCCGUCAGAAUCAGAGAAAUUGGUAACGAGGGGUCCAAAGCAUUCGGAGGAACCUACUCCAGAGGCAGUACACUUCAAAAACUUCUGGGGUUCCAAGUCUUCCCUUCGUCGUUUCAAAGAUGGGUCUAUAACACAUUGUUGCGUGUGGUCUACAUCCUCUACGGAACCAGUCAUCUCAAGCAUAGUCAAUUUUGCGUUACACAAGCACCUUUCUGAAGGUACCCGCAUAUUAAAUGAUAGAACCAAACAAUUGCAAAGUUUCUUACCAUUACCAAAUCUACCAGCAAGUUCUAAGACAUCCGUGUUGAAUUUGAACAGUUUCUACAAUUUAAAGAGAUCUUUUGACGAUCUGUACAGAAUAAUCUUCGAAAUGUCACUACCACUUUCUGUGAAAUCGAUUCUGCCCGUUGGUCAGGCGUUCAGAUACACAUCCUUAUGCCAUCCUGUUCCAUUUGCAUAUUCUAACCCAGAUUUUUUCCAAGAAGUAGUGCUGGAAUUUGAGACUUCCCCAAAAUGGCCUGAUGAGAUUACUUCUUUGGAAAAGGCAAAGACAGCAUUCUUACUAAAGAUUGACGAACAAUUACAAGCCAAUCAUGGUGAUAAUUACAAAAGUUUUUUUACAAGAGACGAAUCAAUUCCUUACAAUUUAGAUGUCAUCUUGUUAAACGUGCUCACCCCAGAAGGUUAUGGAUUCAAAUUUAGAGUUUUAACAGAACGUGAUGAGAUUUUGUAUUUGAGAGCUAUCUCCAAUGCUAAAAAGGAUUUAGUCCCAGAACUGGAGAAGACGUACAUGAAGUUCACUUCCAAAUAUGUGGCUUCUGUGAGACAUGCCAGAACUUUGGAAACUUUAUCUCAUUCAAUCCCAUUUUUUUCACCUGUGGUCAGGCUAUUCAAAAGAUGGCUAGAUGCCCAUUUGCUCUUGGAUCAUUUAAACGAAGAGUUGGUGGAAUUAAUUGCACUUAAACCAUUUGUCGAAAGCUCACCAUAUUCGGUUCCUGGUUCAGUCGAAAACGGGUUUUUAAAAGUUCUCAAAUUCUUAAGCCAGUGGAAUUGGAAGGAAGAACCUCUCAUUCUAGAUUUGGUGAAACCUGAUGAGGAAUUAGAAUCUGGUUCCACUGAUGAAGAUCCCAAAUCUACUGAAAAGAUGAAUUUAGGCCAGUUUAAAGGUAUCCAGGCCAACUUCCAGAAUUUGAGGAAAACAGAUCCUAACGGAAUGCACGUUCAAUUUUUCGUAGCUUCCAAAAUUGAUCCAAGUGGUAUACUUUACUCCAGUGGUAUUCCAUUGCCUAUUGCGACGAGACUCACUGCUCUGUCUAAGGUGGCGGUUAAUUUAUUGCAAACUCAUGGAUUCAACAAACAAACCAUUGAUCUUUUGUUCACCCCGGCAUUAAAGGAUUACGAUUUUGUUGUUCAUCUCAAAUCACCAUCCCCGCUAAAGAUUUCCUCAGGAAUUCUAGAUUCUUCGGAAUUCAAAAAUCUGGCUAACGACAAACUACUGAACUCUUUCCCUUCUGAUACUUCUUCACUAAGCAGAAAGAUGGAUCCAACUUACCAAUUGGUCAAAUAUUUGAACAUGAAGUACAAAAAUAGUGUCAUUUUUUUUAGUCACAGAUACAUGGCAGUUAAUGGUGGUGAAAAAGGUGAUAGAAAUGUCAUUACAGGAUUGAUAAAGCCUUUCUUCAAGAAACCUCAGAAGUUUAGAGUAAACAUGGAUUAUAACUCUAAACCAAUCGAUGAACAAACUGUGGAGCUCAAUAGAGACGCAAUUUUCCACGAAAUUGCAGCAUUCUGCAGUGAACUACUGGUAAAAUUCGAUACAGAUUGA